AUGUUGUCGCCCGAAACGCCGUUUCUCGUGCCCUUGUGGCCGCUCUUUGAUAAAGCCGUGACUGCUGCCCUGGGCGGCCGCUUCGUUCCUUCGGAGUUCGCCUUUGUCAUUGGUCAGACACCUUUGAGCACCUUCCCUCCAGUGGCUGCUGCCAUCGCCACGUACUACACUGUUAUUUUCGGCGGAAACUUCAUUUUCAAGAAGUUCGGCAUCAAGCCGCUUGUCUUGAACGGCUUGUUCCAGGUCCACAACUUGUUCCUCACGCUCUUGUCCUUGACCUUGUUGGUGUUGAUGGCUGAGCAGCUCAUCCCCAUCAUCUACAACCACGGCUUGUUCUACGCCAUCUGCAGCCCUAACGCUUGGACUCAGGAGCUCGUUCUCUUGUACUACUUGAACUACUUGACCAAGUUCACCGAGUUCAUCGAUACCGUGUUCUUGGUGGUCAAGCAGAAGAGAUUGACAUUCUUGCACACCUACCACCAUGGUGCUACCGCCUUGUUGUGCUACACCCAGUUGAUCGGUGAGACUCCUAUUUCCUGGGUGCCCAUCUCUUUGAACUUGGGCGUCCACGUGGUGAUGUACUGGUACUACUUCUUGGCCGCCAGAGGCAUCCGUGUCUGGUGGAAGGAGUGGGUCACCCGUUUCCAGAUCAUCCAGUUCGUCUUGGACUUGGGCUUCGUCUACUUUGCCACCUUCCAGAAGGUUAUUUUCACCUACUUUCCUCAGUUGCAGGGCUUUUUGUUCAGAUGCUCUGACUGUGCCGGCUCCAUGGGCGCUGCCUACUGCGGCUGUGCCAUCUUGUCCUCCUACCUCGUCUUGUUCAUUGCGUUCUACAUCGACGUCUACAAGAAGAAGGGUUCCAGAAGAUCCAAGAGAGUCAAGUCCGUCUCUGGCGGUGUUGCUGCUCAGGUCAACGAGUACGUUACCACCUCCGACAGAGACUCUCCUGCCCCAGAGACUCUCCGCAAGAGAAAAUAA